AUGUUGACCGAUGAAUGUGCUAGUGAUGGAGGCCAGGUCAUUAUCAAGUCUCCAUUGCGUGCCCCAGACCAUGAGCAGAGAAAGGCUGUGCGUCAGCUCGAUACCGAGAUAACGAUUCUCAGCGGUCCGCUUAAAAAUACCGAGGGCAUCCGGCAACUUGUCGAUCAGGUUGUUUUAACAGAAGGACUCGAUAGACACUCACAAGUAGGUGUCUUCGAACAUCUAGAAUUCGAUUUUCAUAAGUACUACAUAGCCCAGAAAAAUGGAUUAUCACGUCUACAAAUCAAGUCAAUGGCUCGACAAAUCUUGACAGCUCUCUCAAAUACGCAUAAGCAAAACAUUGUUCAUACAGACCUGAAGCCUGAGAACAUUGUAUUCUCGCGGCUUGCAAACUCGACCGCAUCAGAGAUGUUGGUUAAGAUCAUCGAUUUCGGAGUUGCUUCGCAACAAGAUGAAGACCGACAUCGUAUGAUAACAAAUCCGUACUGGCGGAGUCCUGAGUCUUGGAUUGGAAUGCCCUGGGGGACGCCUGCUGAUAUUUGGUCCUUUGGAGCAGUUAUUGGCUCCCUACUUAUGGAACCAGGCGCGAAGCUGUUCCAACCUAUGGGUGGUCUUGUUGGUGUAUCCCUUGAGGAACAGGAGCGAGAGUUCUUACGCUCACUAUGGACGAUCAUUCCGUUUCCUAAAACGUUUCUUGAUCGGGCACCCAAGAAAUGGCAAGACGAGAUUUCGUCAUUUUCGCCACGACUGGCGCCGACUGGGGUACCUAUCACAUUGUCUUUCAUAGGAGAAAUUUUUGAGGUCCCGAAAGCAGACUGGGCAUUCGUCAGAGACGUUUUACAGGUGGAUCCUGAGAUGCGACCGACUGCCGACGAUCUUCUUCAACACACUUGGCUCAACUCAUAA